UGUUAAAAUAUUCUUUUUUCUCACUUCUGUUUUUUGAAUGUUUUAAAUUUACAGAGAAGAAGUAAAAAGUCAUACAGUAAAGUGGGGACAACAAUUUUCAUUUCCAUGCAAAAUGUCAGCGAAUGCAUCAACAGGCGUACUCGAUCCAUGUCUGCUUAGAAUAUCAAUUAGAAAGGAGCUGAAAGGUGGACGAAGCUAUCAAAAAUUAGGAUUUACGGAUUUAAAUUUAGCAGAAUAUGCUGGCUCAGGAAGAACAUCAAAGAAAACAAUUCUUGAAGGCUACGAUGCACGUCAUCGACAAGAUAAUUCGAUGUUGUUGGUGACAAUUAAGAUGCACAUGCUUAGUGGUGAUAUUUUAUUUAAAGUUCCUUCCUCCAAAAUAAACCAGUUGCCAUCAGAAGACGACUUAGGGCGUGUUAGUAGUAUGUCGUCAGUCGGAGCAAAUCCAACGCCAACAAGUUUGAUGACCGCCAAUCCUAGUGUUGUUGCGAGUCGACAAACAAUCAAUUCCAAAGAUGAUGCGUCUAUAGCAUCAGGUUCAUCUGGAUGUGGUUCACUUACAAAAAAGAAAAGUCCAGGAACGACAGAACAUCAACAAGCUAUUGAUGUUGAUCCACAGUCAAUUGUUUCUUCCAUUAUUACUGAUUCGGGGAUUAGUGAAACUUCAGACACGCCAUUGACGACGAUAUUUGAUCGAGCAUCAAGUAUGGCACCUGUUAAUAGUAAUCAAAACUUAAACACCACGCAACAGAAUGUCGCCGAAAUGGGUCAUUCAAGAAAUUCCAGUAACACUAGUCAAAUGUCGAAAGGAUCUGGCUAUAGUAGCAGUAUAUCUGAUCGACAACAUUCACGCCAAAGUUCAGAUGGUGAUUCAGGGCAUCAAAGAUAUUCGCGUGGAACAUUUCAAAAAGCGAAUUCAUUGAGUAGUUGGAAUCAACAACAACAACAUCAUGAACAAGAUCGAUUGUACAGAAAACGUUAUGAAACGAAUUCAUUGAAGUUGAAGAUUAUUCAACAUUGUAAGCAGUCGUCAUUGAAUAGUCCGGAGUCACCAACUGAUGAAAUGUUUCGUACUCCAAAUACAACAAUUGAUGCUGAUGAUUCUGCUGUUGAUAACUUUAGCACACCAAUUGGUGACUUCUCCUUAAUUAAAAUGAAAAGCAUGAACAAUCUACUUGAUGUAUCCGAAUCACAUAACGAAAGCUUGUCACGAAUGAAAUCGUUGAAUAAUCUUGAGAAAGAAGUCGGUGACACGCCAGUUGAUCUUGUGAAAUUGAGACGAGACUUUGAAAAGAAACGUUUCAACAACGCAAAAAUGCAAUCAUUAACUAACUUAGUAAAUGGUGAAGAUUCUGUCGAUGGAAUGAUUAUGAACAAAAGGCAUCAUAGUGACAAUAGUCCAUCAUCGAUUGAAGUCAACCGAAAUAAAAAAGUUUACAAACGUGUUGGUAACACAAAAUACAUUGGAAAUGAUUCAAUUGAUGAUGGAAACAAUCAAUUGAUGAAAAUGAAAUCAAUGGGAAUGAUCAGUAAUAAAAAUAAAAAGUCAAACAAACAUAUCGAUCCAUUUUAUAAAGUAAAUGCUUCAAAUAAAAAUCUCGUCGUUCCUAUUCGUCUUGACGACAGAUUUUCCGUAGAAAUCAACGGUGAUUGUGACAAUAAUGAUGAAGUUUUUAAAAUCCCUCCAAAUCCUAUGCUGGCAUUGCGAAAGGAGAAGUCUUCUUCAUGUAUUGAAAGCAUCAAAAACCGCGGAUCGAUGAUCUAUGAACGUCUUAGAAAUAGCUUACACCGUCGUUUAUUUGACGGUAGUCCCCGAAUGUCAACACUCAACGCAACUAGUUCCAAUGAUAAUCAAAAUUUUGAAGGGCCUUUAAGCUUAGGUGCUUCCUCAAAUGGCGAUCACUCUUUAUUGCCCACCGGCACAUCCUCGCUUGUCCUCCGAAGGCCAAGUUCAAACACAAACCCCAGUUCGGGUUCGAUUCAAAUGAGUGAAACGGGAUCUUUAGACCGUAUGAAAGCUCAAGCUGAAAGAAGGAAAAAAGUUCUCGAUGAUACUCCAAAUGUAACGGGACGUGUUGAGAACACAAGAGUUAAUCCUGAUAAAACGAUUGACGAGUUGCUGAGAAAUUCAAAAUUGGAUCAGCUAGAAGAGACAACCGAGCCUUGUGGUGGCUUAAAGCUUUUUAUUGGACGCGAUGGUAAAGCAUCGCUAGGAAGUCAUGAAACACAACAACGUGGAGCAUUCAAACAUGUCGUCAUGGACAACCCAAGAUAGUAGCAAUAUCUCAUUUUGUUCUACUUUUACCCACCAAAGCGCGACAUUUUUUCUCAGAAUGUUUCAAAUCUUCUAUUACAAAGUUUUAUUUUAAUCUAAAAAGAAGAGAAGAAAAAAUAAUAGAAAUCCGUUCUUAAUUGAAAUGUUAUAUAAUUUAACAGGAAAAUGAAGUAACGAGAAUUAAAAGCUUUCUGAAGAUGAAACACAAAUUCUGAAGACAAAUAAUUUUAGAAAAGAAAAAACUUCAGCCAAAUUUAAAUUUUCAAAAUCAAAAUUCUUUUCUCAUCCCGACGAGAUGACCCCUUAGAGAUUAAUGACAAAUACUUAUUUAAAAAGUAAAACAAAGAAUAUUAUUGGAUAACUUUCAGUAGACUGAUUGCAAUUUUCAAUAUUAAUGUCACUUUUUUUGUUCGUUUAAUUUUAAUUAAAACAGAAAUAAUGAAAACAAACCUUUCAGUUAGUGACUUUAUUUUAAAUAUUUUGAGAAAAAAAUCCAUCAUUUUGAAUUGCUUACUGUUGCAAAAAAUAUUUAAAGAAGUUUCUUUCAAUUGCUUACGAAAAGAAUUUUUGAAGUUAAUUUUACACAUCAGUGUCGCUUAAGCUGAGCUUGUGUUUAUGUUCUAGUCAAUAUUGCUGUCAAAUGGAAUGAUAAGUUAAGGAAGUUAAUAAAUUCCAUGGAUCUAAAGCAAAAGAUUCCAUAAAAAUGUUUUAAGAAAGCUUCCGCAUCUUCCUUAUUUUCUUAGAAAGAAUUCAUUCUCAGAAAAUUUUCAGUAGAAGGAACACAUUUAAUAAUUAAUAAAUGGCCAUUAAAAAGAAACAGGAAUAAUUAAAUUUCUUUGCGCUUUCCAAUGAGAAGAAUAAAUUUUUCCAACUG